AUGCAGGCGGCACGGCCAACCUUGCAGGAGACAUUGACGCGGUAUGGCAAAGUGGGUCUUGGCGUACACAUCUGCCUCUCCACAGUCUCCUUCGCAGGAUGCUACACAGCAGUCCGCUUUCAGCUGCCCGUGGACUUGCUGCUUGAGCGCUUUGGCCUGAGCUCCAGAACAUCUGGCACCGAGCCUGCAGCGGGAGUUGGUGUUACCGAGGGAAAGGAGGACAGUGUUGCAGUGUCAGGGGCUGCCUCAGCUGGAAGCACUGCAGUUGUGGCCUAUGUUGUGUACAAGGCUUUGCUGCCAGUGCGAGCAUCGAUCACCGUGGCGCUGACUCCUUUGGUGGCACGAACCUUGACAAGGUUGAGGUAUCCCGCCAUGGUCGCCAGGGUGCUUGCGGAGUGGGACGCCCCCCCGCCCGGGGUACCGGCCGCGCCUGCAACGGGGCCCCCGCCGCCCGCGGGGCCCGAGGCGGGAUGCCAGUGGCGCUCCCUGUUCCGGCGCCGCUUCCUGCGCCAGCAGGCGUGGGACGCCGAGAAGCAGCGCAAGUCGCGCGCGCCCGCCGCGGGGGCGGUGACCGAACGGGCGCGGGCGGCCGAGGAGCCUCCGCUGAAGAAGGACGGAAAGUUCCACCCCUCAGGGCGCGCCAAGGUGACGCGUGGCAUCGAGAACGGCCGGGAAAGGACCCACGCGCCCCGCAUGCGCGCCUGCAGGCGCUGCGGGCUGGACUUCGACCCGCAGUCCCGGGACCUGACGGGUUGCGGCUGGCACGCUGGCAGGUUCGCCCCCUUCGACCCCGACGGCGUGGCGGUGGGGCGCGCGACCAGCAAAGAUUUCGAGCGCCGCGCGCGCGACAUCAUCAAGGCGCACAACCGCAAGAAGACCAGCAGACGCGCCAACGUGGUGGUCUUCGGCGCCGCGUGCGACAACGGCGUGGAGAGGGAGGCCAUCAACGCGAUUGUUGGAUCUCUCUUGAUGAGAUUUCGAAGACCCUCAUGCUGA